AUGAAUUUCUCAAGCAUCAUCCCUUCCAAAGCCGCCUUCUGGCUUGCUCUUCUCAUUCCUGCAAUCAAUGUCUCUGCUCAUGGCCAUGUUGAUGAGAUCAUUGUCAACGGCGUAUCCUACCAGGGAUAUGGCAGCACCGACUUCCCAUUUAUGCAAAACCCUCCCGUCGUUGCUGGCUGGACCAUUGAGCAAAAGGACAACGGCUUUGUUUCUCCUGACAAGUACGGUGAUCCGGAUAUCAUCUGCCACAGAGAUGCAACCCCAGCCAAGGGCCACAUUGAACUUGCUGCUGGUGACACACUCACUCUUCGCUGGUCAGGCUGGCCUGAUAACCACUAUGGUCCUAUCCUGAACUACCUUGCCAACUGCAACGGUCCUUGUGAGCAAGUUGACAAGACUGAGCUCGAGUUCUUCAAGAUCGACGGCCUUGGUCUACUCGAACAGGGUACGCCAGGCAAGUACGCGGACAGUGUACUUCAAGACAACGGAGAUCGAUGGAACGUCCGAAUUCCCGAGAACAUCGCUCCUGGCAAUUAUGUCCUUCGCCAUGAGAUCAUUGCUCUGCACAAUGCUCUUGAGAAGGGUGGCGCCCAGAACUACCCUCAAUGUUUCAACCUGAAGAUCACCAGCGAGGGAUCUGACUCUCCUUCUGGAUACCUUGGUACUGAGCUUUAUGAUGCUGAGGAUCCUGGUAUUCUUGUUAAUGUCUAUUCAAGCAAGGUCCAGUAUGAGGUGCCCGGUCCAACUAUUUGCGAAGGAGGCACAUCAUCUGUGGAGCAGCAACCAUCUAAGGCUACUACGACUGCGAAGUGUACUACCAGAUACUAA